GAGACAAUAUAUUCUUUCUACUACUCCCUCACUCUUCCUUCUUCUUCUUCUUCUUCAUCUUCUUGUUAAAUUUCCCAAAAACCCAAAAGGAUAAACUUCUUCUUAAAUUUUCAAACUUUUUUGUGUUUUUGAUUGAAUUGAAGAGAGAGAGAGAGAGAGAGAGAGAGAGAGAGAGAGAGAUGUCAAUACGGAGCUUAAUCCAGGACAUGAGGUUUUCCCGGUCGCAGCGGGUGGUUCAGGACCGGUCGGCGGCGGCGGCGGCGCCGGAGGUGGGCGACUCGGUGAAGCAGAGCUGCUGGGCACAGAUGCCUCAGGAGCUUCUCAGGGAGGUUUUGAUGAGAAUUGAGGCUUCUGAGGCCGCCUGGCCGCCGCGGAAGAGCGUCGUCGCCUGCGCCGGAGUCUGCCGGAGCUGGAGGCUGCUGACGAAAGAGAUCGUUAAAUCGCCUGAGCUCUCCGGAAAGCUCACCUUUCCCAUCUCCGUCAAGCAGCCUGGUCCAAGGGAUGAACUGCUACGGUGCUUUAUAAAAAGGAACCGCUCGACCCAGACAUAUUAUCUUUACCUCGGUUUGACCCAUGCAUUAACUGAUGAGGGAAAGUUCCUACUUGCUGCUCGCAAGUAUAAACGCCCCACCUGCACAGACUAUAUUAUCUCACUAAAUGGUGAUGAAAUGUCAAAGGGCAGCAGCAACUAUAUUGGAAAACUGAGGUCAAAUUUUUUAGGAACCAAGUUCACGAUCUUUGAUGGGCAGCCAACUGAUGUGGGAGCCAAGUUUACAAAAAGUCGAUCCACUAGGCUAGUGAAUUUGAAACAAGUUUCACCUAGGGUCCCUGCUGGCAACUAUCCAGUGGCUCACAUUUCAUAUGAACUAAAUAUGUUGGGUUCCAGAGUUCGUACAAGCAGGGGUCCAAGGAGAAUGCAAUGCACCAUGGAUGGCAUUCCUGCCUCUGCGAUUCAACCUGGAGGUGUAGCACCCACACAGGCAGAGUUUUCAAGUAGUACUGCCGAGUUCUUUCCGUCCCUUCCAUUUUUCCGUUCGAAAUCAACUCGCAUGGAAAGUUUCCUAGGGCCUUCGGCCAAACCAAAAGAUGGGGUGAUCGUGUUAAGAAACAAAGCUCCAAGGUGGCAUGAACAACUCCAGUGUUGGUGUUUAAACUUUCAUGGACGAGUAACAGUUGCUUCAGUGAAAAACUUUCAGUUGGUGGUUUCUCCUGAAAAUGGACCGGCUGGGCCAGAGCACGAGAAGAUUGUCCUCCAAUUUGGGAAAGUGGGCAAGGAUUUGUUUACCAUGGAUUACAGGUACCCAAUAUCAGCAUUCCAGGCAUUUUCAAUCUGCCUCAGCAGCUUUGACACCAAGAUCGCUUGUGAAUAAUACAUCUCAACAGGAGCAGCAAGGUUUGAAAAUCAUUUAGGAGAUUGAAGUCAAUGAGACUGUUUUCGGAAGGUGAUUGCUACUGGACUUCUUAUGCAGAGGGCAUGGUCAGAAGCUUCAAACCUUCCGGGAUCAUGACUUUGUUCAAGUCAUGGAAAGACCACUGGAACCGAAUGUUGGAGAGCUUUGGUUCUUUGUCAUCCCCAUAUGUAUAUUUCAUUUGUUAAUGUAUAUAGCGAGUGUUCCUAUAAAAGCAUGCUAUUGUUUUGCUAUUUGACGCCAUAUCAAAUUUCAGUUGGUUUUAGUCAGAGUAUUAUAGGUUGUUUAAUCAUCAAAUGAAUUCCUACUUGUUCAUUUUCUCAAUGAGGAUGCUGGCU